AUGAGCCCAUCCGCCCGCGCCUCCACCACCGCGCAGCUGCCGCCAGCCUCAACGGCGCGCGGGCCCGUGAGCCCGAAGCCGGCCCGUCGCCUCGCCCGCUCCCCGCGCCGGGUCAACGCCCCGCGCUGCCCGUGCUCGUCCAGCGCCCGCGCGCCGACCCCGCUCGCCGUCCCCUGCGCCGGAGCCCCGCGCGGCUGCCCGCCGUUCCCCGCGCCGCCCCGUCGUUCGGUCGUCGCCGCCGUCGCCUCGUCCGCGCCCGACUGUGCCGCCCCUCGUCGCCGGCCAGAUCCAGUCGGGUCGGAGCGGAUCCGCGUCGCCCCGACCUCCUCCGCCCGUCCUCGCGGCCGUGCUGAGCUCGCCGGCGUGCAGCUCCGGCCAUGGAGUCCUCCAGCCCGCGCCCGGACCCCGCCGUCCCCGGAUCUCAUCAUCCAUAGAUCCAAAUGCGUCCCCGAGCCAUCCCGUACCCCUCCAUCCAGUUUUCUAAGAGGGUAA